AGAUGAAUUAUUAACAAGAGAAAAGAACAUCAGUAAUAAGAUAAGAUAAUGUAAGAGCCUCAAUAAGUUAACCAAUAUAAUCCCCUUAAAGAUAAGAAGUUGUAUAAACAAAUGAGAGACAUACUGGAUGUAUAGAGAGAAUGAGAGUACUUACUUAAGAAUUGUAAAGAAUGACAGAAGCACUAAGAUUGAAAAAUUAAGAAUUCAUAUAUUUGUAAUAAGAAUACUAAUAUAUUAAAUAAAAUUAGGUAGAAUAUUCAUAAAUAUAUAUUAAAGUCAAUGAAUUAAGGUAACGAAGACUUAAUUUAAAAAUUAUAAAUGGAAAAAUAGAAGUUAGAGUAAUUUAAAUAAAUGAAAGAUUAAUAAUUAGGCGAAUUAGAAAAUGAAUUAAAUAAAGUACAUAAAGAUUUAAAGGAGGAAAGGUUAUAAAAACUUGAAUAUGUUAAUCGUUAUUAAAAACAGUGCGAUGAAGUAGUAAGAUUGUAAAAAGAAUUAGAAAUAGCAAAUUAAUAGCAAGCGAAUCCAAACGAAAUUGAUUAAUUGCAUAAUCAUAUUGAUGAUUUAGAACAUGAAAAUGAAGAAUUAAAAUAAAAGUUGAAUAAUCUUACUAAUAAAUUAUAACAGUAGCAAUAAUAAAUUACCUUAUUAGAAGAUUAACUAACACAAUAAUAAUAAUCAUCAUUCCAACCACAGAAAUUACCACCUUCAGGACCUACCACUUAUUAAAUGCCCUAAAUGUAAUAUUAAUAAUAGCUCUAACCACAAACCUCAAAUUAUUAAAAAACUACAACCUACACUAUAGAAAGUAAAGGAACUAAUAAACCAACUGAAGUAAAGAAAUAAGUAGUAUCCACAGUUAAUGGAAAAACUAAUGUUUAUGAAUACUCUUCUUAAUAAGAUCCUCUUAAUAAUAAAGAAUCUAUUAACACUAAAUUAGAUUAAAUUAAUUAAAAAUUCAACUAGAAUUUUGAAGUGAGAAAUUCUCAACUCUAAAACAAUUUAUCUGCUUCUUAAUUAUAACGAGGAUCUAAAUAUCUACCUGAAACUUACCAAAAAGAAUUCACUGAAUUCAAAAGCAAAAUUGAAAAUAAGCCUGUCACAGAGUAUAAAACCACAACUGUUACCAAAACAAACAAUAAAUAUUAAAAAUAUUGAAGAAUAUUAAAAUAUUCAGUAUAUUAUGCC